AUGUCGCAACCAACUCUCACCACAGACUACACCUCCCCAGCGAGUGAACCGUUCAAGGUUGCUCACACCCUUCCUGCAAUCUCAUCUCCAACCUCCACGGCCGACAAGUCGUCAUACCUAAAGGCUCUGCGCGCCUCUGUCGCCGACACUCAAGACACUAUCAAUAAAGAGCUCACAGCGCGAAUGGAGCAGGACAAGGCGAGAGAUGCCGCGGCCGAGGCCAAAGAGGAAGAGAACUAUGGCGAGGAGGUGCAGGAAGGGGAGGAAUGA